ACGAGCCAGAAGGUCAAGGCCAAAAGCAUGGAGUUGAACGUUGAGCAAGAAGAUACCUGUACCCUUACAGAAGUCCCCCUGGAGUCUGCACCACCUGGACUUGGUGGCGAUGCUCAGCCAAAUAAAGAAUCUCCAGACAAAUCCAGCCAAAAACAGAGUGACAGUCCUGUCCUUGAUGUCGAUGCCAAUGUCAAAGAUGCAGAUGCAGACAGUUUAUUCUCCGAUGAUGAAAAUGAAGGCAAUGGUAGCAGUGGCGAAGAAUCGGACAUUGAGGACAACGACAAUGACCUCUAUCCAAGCCAGCGCAUUCGUCGAUCGUCCAAUCCAGAUGUGCCAGACACGACGGUCGUCCUAGACACUGAGGAGGGAGGAAAAGUGUACGUGGUGGGCACGGCGCAUUUCAGCGAGGAGAGCCAGAAUGAUGUUGUCAAGCUCAUCCAAGAAACUCAACCGGAUGCUGUGAUGGUGGAAUUAUGUCGGAGUCGUGUGAACGUGUUGGAGCUGGAUGAACAGACGUUGCUGGAGGAGGCUAAGAACAUCAAUAUGGAUAAAGUUAAGGCAGCUAUCAAACAGGCAAGCUUUGUUAGAGGAAUAAUGCAUUUACUUCUACUGAACAUGUCGGCUCACAUCACGAAACAGCUCGGAAUGGCCCCUGGUGGGGAGUUUAGAACUGCAGUAAAGGAGGCGCAGAAGAUUCCUGGUUGUCGAAUACAUCUUGGAGACCGACCGAUCCAGAUCACGUUACGGCGUGCGUUUGCUGCUCUCUCCUUUUGGCAGAAGUUGAAAUUAGCAUGGCAUAUGAUCACAAAUAAAGACCCAAUUAGCAAAGAAGAAGUUGAGAAGUGUAAACAAAAGGAUCUGUUAGAGGAAAUGUUAAAAGAGAUGACAGGAGAAUUCCCGGCAUUGAGUAGCGUGUUUGUAGCUGAACGUGAUAUAUUCCUAGCUCAUUCCUUACAUGUCGCAGUCCAGUCUAUACCGCGCAUGGAGACAGAAAAUGGUUUGAUAAUACCGCCUGUGAUUGUGGGUGUCGUCGGUAUAGGUCACGUUGCUGGGAUAGUCGCCAGUUGGAAUAACAUUACAUCCGACGCCAUUACAGAACUCAUGAAUGACCAGCCAGUUUUCGAUCACCAGAAACUUCAACAUUCUCUAAACUAUUCAAGUGGACGUUCAGGGCCGCAUUGGUCGGAUUAUUAUCCUGGGGCGCUUAUCGAGUCUGCCGCGGAACCUAUUCAAUGCUGACCUAGGGGAGGACCAUGGAAUCGGGGCUCGGUUGUUCAAAACAAGUUUUGUCAUUAACGCUGGUGUUAAAUUAACUUGGUGCUAAGUCUGAGGGCUGAACCAAAGGAGAUAACUCCAAGUCAAGUUAACACCAGCGUUUAGGACAAUUUGUUUUGAACAACCGGGCCCUGGAGUAACAUUUGUGAACAGCAAUAUCCAACAGGACUAGACGCGGCUGAGUCAAGGCACAGAGGCAAAGGACCGCUAUGUCAUCCCAGUGUCACGUUAAGUCUGGUGCCGUCAACAUAUUUUUCCUGUUGUAGGCCUGGUUCACGUAAUGUCUAGCCCUUGAAAGACCAUCUCACGAUGAAUGGAUGCCUCACAUAAAGAGGGCCACACUGUAUUUCUAGUAUAUUCUAUAGUAAUCUGUUGAUAGGCUCUUGAUGAGCUGUUGAAAUGGUGCUCCAUGAUACGUGUGCCGUUAACACAAUAAUCGUUUUUAAAGUAGAAGCAUUCUGGUCCUUGUGUGGGAUUAUAGGUGGCGACAGUGUUCUCACAGGGUACUGUAUUCCUGGAAAUAUUCAUGACCAUUUUAGGUCACGGUUUUGGGAAAUUGUCAGGAAAAUGCAUCUUCGGCAUUCUUUUAUUUCGAUAUUUUGACAACCCUGUACUACUACAGUGUCUGGUAAUAUGACUUAGAUUCUCCUUUUUGCUGCAUCAGAUUUUCACCAAUUUGGCUGGUGGCUUAAAAUUAAAAGUUAGCGCUUGCAACAAUUCUGUGUUUGCGGUAUCCUGUCAGUGCUGCCAUCUAGCAUCAAGCAUCAUGUGAUGAAUUGAUUUUGGGAACUGGGUUAUUCAGAUAAAUGUUGCUUAUUUUGUUGCUAUUUGUAUAAAUCAAGAGAAAAAAAUCAAAUGGGGGAGAUUUUGUUAUGAGUUAAAGGGACUAUUAUAUCCUUUAGGAGAGACUUUAGUUCCUCUAAUAAAGAAGGUUUUCUUUUCAUUGAGAUUAUGUUAAGGGACUGAGUCCUUUUUGGUUGAGGUUUUCUAUGUUUUUAUUAGAGUUUGUGUGUAUUAUUGUGAUGCAUUUGCAGUAUGGUUACUGUCGAGCCCCGAAUAAUGUCACACCAGUUCAUAGAUAUCAACAUUGGCCCAUAAUGACUUGAACUGAUCAAUUUGAAAUAAUACAUAAGUACCAUUUAAUGCCAUUUAAGUCACCAAAGACUGUAAAGAUAGAGAUGAAUGUUGGUGACCUCAUAGGAAUAAUAACCAUUUGCCGGCAAUGUCCUUACAAAUGAAUCGACGAGGUAUUUAAAAGUCAGGUUGGACACCGUUAUUACUAACCACACACUGGUUGAAUGUUGGAAUUUCUUAAAUAUGGGGCAGAAUUCCUUUCACUCACAAAUUUUAAAGAUUUUGUCGACAGAAGGGGAACUUCCCCUGUCCACCUCCCGUGGUGGUCACUUCCAUAGAAGGGGUACAUGUAUGUCUAAGGCAAUUUUGAAAGCAGCUUUUUCAGGCAAACGCCAGCUUGGAGCAGCUUCAAUCACAGCUCUUUCUGUUGGGUGAUAAAUUGGAUUUUGAGGCAUUAAUGGGUGUACUGUUAUAUGAUAUUGACAAAAAUCUAUAUAUAAACAAGAAUCAACAUAUUUUGUGGCCAAAACUGGCACACGGAUGUGUAUUUUUUGCGAUUGCUUCUUGAUUGCUCGGGGUCACAAUGUCUGAUUAGAUAGCAUUCUUUACUUUCAUAUUGGUAUGAUAUUGACAAGAAUCUAUAUAUAAACAAGAAUCAACAUAUUUUGUGGCCAAAACUGGCACACGGAUGUGUAUUUUUUGCGAUUGCUUCUCGAUUGCUCGGGGUCACAAUGUCUGAUUAGAUAGCAUUCUUUACUUUCAUAUUGGUGUGUAAACAGGCGAAGAUCACAACUUAAUUCUAUAGGUUGGUUGAAAAAAAGGUGUCAUCUGAAUGCGUUUAUAUAAUCAUAGAUGCUUUGCUAUGAGGGUAGGAUGCUGUUCCAGUUAGGCUUUUCUCCUUGCAUCAUUACCCUUGUCGAUUUGAGCCGUUUGUUUUGCAGAAGUUAUCCCAUUAUUUAUUUAUGUACAGACUUAUUAUUGCACUGGGUGCCUUCAAAUGUAAAGGGUGGGUACAGGUUUUGUUGAUCUAUUCAAAUAAAUUUAUUCAGAUUUUAAGAA